CUCUCACAAAGUCACCGGCCUCACCCGCUUGGUUCCGCCGGAGCCUCAACGUGGCUCCCUCUUACUCUGACCAUGCAAACAUACCUCCCCAGCUCGACUCUGCCCAGGGCGUUCCACACCCCAGUCAGGGACGAGGAGGCGGAGUCCCAGAGGAAGGCCCGGUCCCGGCAGGCCAGACAGACCCGCAGGUCAACACAGGGUGUGACCCUAACUGAGCUCAAAGAGGCUCAGAGGAGCUACGGCCCCGACUGUAAGCAUGCAGAAGAGGAUGAGGCCGCGGGGAAGACGGGGUCAGCGGAGGACCAGCCGCUCGCCAUCAGCCUGACGAAGGCCGUGAAAUCCCAGGAGCUUAGUCCAGCCUGGAGCCAAACGGAUGAGGAGGGAAACGUUGAGUCCAGACUGGAAGCUCAGGCUGAGUGUCCGGCAGCAGACCAAUCCAAUGCAUCCCCCAGUGGGCUGUGUAGCCUUCCAGACACGAGCAUCACCAACAGCAAGUCCUGGAGAGUGAGUGAGAGAUGGAGGACAGAUGAGAAUCAGAAUCCGAUCCACGAUGCAGACCAACUAUCUGCUGACACGUCACUACAGGCACCACUGGGCUAUGACAUGGACCUCUCUGAAUCGUCCUAUACACAGCAUGACAGAUUAUCACGGUUGGACUCCGGGGGCUCGGGGGACAGUACGACGGAGAAGCUGCUAGGCCGCGUGGGUUCGUACACCCGGAGAGAGACCAGACUCGCCUCUCAGAGUAAACCCGAGGAAGGCUCCGCAACCGGAGACUACAAGAAGAUGUAUGAGACUGCCUUAAAUGAGAACGACAAGCUCAAGUCCAGGCUGCGGGACAGCAAACAGGAGUUGGCCAAGAUCCGCUCCCAGCUGGACAAAGUCACUCAGAAACAGGACAGAAUGUCUGAGAGGCCUCCCGUACUUGAAUCAGACAAAAAGGAAAAACAAGCACUUGAGAAGAGGGUUUCUGAUAUGGAAGAAGAGUUAAAGGUUCCGCAGAGGGACGCCCCGAUGCGGUUCCGUUGCGGUUACCAGCCCUGAGCGCGGGCUGUCACAGGGGGCGGGGUGGGGGGGGAUGGUCUUAGUUGAGCUCAAAUCCGAGAACCAGAGGCUAAAGGACGAGAAUGGGGCUCUAAUCCGUGUCAUCAGUAAAUUGUCCAAGUGAAAGUUUUCUAAACUGUCAAUAACCUGAAAUUAUAAUUGGACCGUUUUGCAUAAGGAACGUCAAGGAGCCAUUUUGGUCCAUUCAAGAAACACGGCACGACAAUUCCGGUUGGCGAUUGGUCGGAUUUGAAUCAAUAAGACCGCUUUUUUCCCCCUGGAGUGGCAGCUGUUUCAGUUGUGCCAGAGUUAAUUACUUCCUAUACUUCACCACUAGGAAGCGACAUGUGAAUGGAGGUCCGCAGCACAAAGCCCAGUCUAUUAAGUAUUCAGCCAUCUGAUACUCAUCAAGCCUCACGUAUGUAUUUAUUAUGACAUAGUAGACCAGGGUCUAAAGAUAUUUGUAUUAUAAGGUUUUAUUCUUCUAAACCACAACCUUGGAAUGAGCUAAAGUAUAAGAAAAGGCCCAGCUGUUUUUUUGCCUCAUGCUUACCUACCUGGUCAACAUAACAACCAACAAAACGUGGGCUUAUCCAAAGUAUAUUAUUCUUUCGAUUUUUGUUUUAUUCUAACCAUGAAAUAAUUGAAUCCUUUCAGAGUUUUGUUUUUAAAAUCCACUGUGCAAUGGUUUCUGGAGUCCAGGAGGAGCCUUGAAACUGCUGUAAUUUGUUGUUCACAAGAACAGAUGUUCUUAUCUGAAUGAGGGGUGACGUCUACAGCUUGACCACAUAUAGGAUGUGUGUAAUCCUAUACCAUCUGUUAUCAUUGUGUUGUAAAUAUUAUACAAUAUUCAGUAUAAUAUAUAGAAGUUUCAAAUAUGUAUAGGAGGACACCUGAAUUUUCUCACUUUCCUUAAUAAACUAUUAAUGGUUGA